AAUUUAUAUUUACUAAAUAAAAAAUAAAUACAAAAUGUGAGCAUGUAUCAAAUAUUACAUUUCACCCCAUAAAUAUGUACUAUUGAGUGUCAAUAAAAACAAAUAAUCUCAUAAAAUAGGAAAUUCUGCAUGUUGUCAAAACAUGGAUCCACAAACAUGAAUGUGGACAUGAGGCUAUUUGAAACAAGGCACAGAAAGAUAAAUGCCCCACAAUCUCACUCAUGUGGAAUUUAAGAAAAUCACACUUAAUCACUAGAACAGGGUGGUGGCUGUCAGGGCUGAGAGUGAAGGAAAUGGGAAAAUGUUAGCUGAGCACACAUUUGCAGUUAGGAGAUAAAUUAACCACUCCAGAUCUUAAUACUCAACACCGUUACUAUAUGAAUAUGCUAUUACAUACUCACAACUUGGUAAUAUCUUAUGUAUUCUCUUAAAAACAUAGCAAUGAAAGGAGAUGCAUAUGUUAGAUUAUCCUAAUCACUUCAUAAUGUACAUGUAAAAGAGGACUCCAAAAAGGUUAUGAAAAAAAGGCUGGGUUUAUUCCAGUACAAAAAGGGAUUAAAAGAUAAUGUGAAUUCUCCAUAACUUUUCAAAAGGCCCCCACAUAUCAGAAUAUCAGGUUGCAUACCUUGAAUAUGCACAAAUUUUGUCAACCAUACUCCAACAAUAUUUGAAAAUUUUAAAACAAGCGAAAGUAAACAAGCUCCUAUAUUAAAAUAUAAUCUCCAAAUAACUUAGUAAACUAGAUAUAUCUUUAGGAUUGAGAAGGCUUUCAUGGAACAGAAAUAAUUUUUAAAACACUCAUAAAUUUGCAUAGCCAAGCUUUCUAUUUUGAAAGUUCAAAGACAGAUGGCAGCUGGUUGAGGGAACAGUAAGGGUUAAGGUGAUACCCAUGUGCCAAAGUACAGGGUCCUCCUGCCCGUCGAAACCCUGGACAAAAACCCCAAGUCAGAUAACAGUUUUGCCUUUAUCUCACCCAAUCCAUGUUACUGUGUUACUGGAAACAGAAAACAGAGCAAGACCUUCCAGAAACAUCUGUGCUGAGAGGUCAGCGUCCUGGCGGAGACCCUGCUGCCCACAUAUUUAGAACCUCGGGGGAAUCAGGUCCCAGUGUAGAAGGAAGGAGGAACUGAGGAAGGAGGACACGGGGCUGCCUCCACACAGCUGCCCAGGGAUGGCUCCAGGGCCAAGAAGUCGCUACAAGCAGCUUCUAGGUACCUGGCGACUCCCAGCUUGUGAAGGUGGAGAGCGCAGACCCCGGCUCGGCUCUUUAGCUUCGCAGCAGCGCGGCCAUCUCCUAGGACCUCGCUCUGCCUAGGAACUCUAAGACCACUGUGACGUCAAGAUCCCGCGUGAUGACAUCACCGAGCCUGAUUGGACAGGGGCGCACACAGCGUCACAAAAGACUCAGCCAAUCAGCAUCCUCCAAUGGCGUGGCUCCCUAACUGGUCUGUGCUUGGUGUGAAUCAGGAGAGGUGGGAAGCGGCCCCCUGCCCUGCUCCUGGGCUCCUCUCCCCGCGGUGCACCUGCCACCCGCUGGGGUCGCCCCCGGGGUCGCCCCAUGCUUCUCGCAGGCGGAUCCUGGCUGCAGUUGGCGGUCACCUGCUUCAGGCAUGGGCUCCAAGGCCAAGAAGUGCGUGGUGCUGCCCACAGUGGAGCAGAUCCUGGAGCACGUGCGCAGGGCACCAGCCCAAGACCCUGUCUUCACCGCGCUGGCCCUGGAAGGUAGGGGGCUCGGGCCAGGGCAGGGCAGGGGUUGGACCCGAGGCCUCAGGAGCGGGAGCUGGGCAGGACCUUGGGUCCCGUGCGUGGCCCUGGGGCCGAGGAAGGCGUUGGUGCCAUUAAUGGAGGGGGAGAGCGCCGUGGGACAGGGGCCGUGGUGGGGGUCGCAGGGGUUUCCGACCCAGCCUGGGGUGGAGCUGAGAAGUGGGGUUGCGAGGACAGGGUUCCGCAUGCAGGAUCGGGGUGGACUCUGUGAUCUCCGCAAGGUGCUCAGCUGUACUGAGCCCUGGGCCCAGACGGACCCAGAGUGCCACCCCCGCCCUCCCCAGACACGCCUGGUGGACUGAAGCCUGAGGAUUCUAUGGGAACCUAUUGUUUUUUCUCUUUCUUUCUUUUUUGAGAAAGACAUUAGAGACAGAGGGAGAUCCAUCCACUGGUUCACUCCCCAAAUGGCUGCAGCGGCUGGAGCUGGGCUGACCUGGAGUCAGGAGCUCCAGCUCCAUCCAGGUCUCCCACGUGGGUGCAGGGGCCCAAGCACUUGGGGCAUCCUCCACUACUCUCCCAGCGCACAGCAAAGAGCUGGAUCAGAAGUGGAGCAGCUGGGACUUGAACUGGUGCCCCUAUGGGAUGCCAGAGUCCCAGGCAGCAGCUUUACUGCUACACCACAGCGCUGGCCCCGGGAGCCUACUUUUUAGAAUUAAGUUAUACUGGGGCCCUGUGCCCAUGUGGGACCUGGAGGGAGCACCUGGCUCUGGCCUGGCCCAGCCCCGGCUGUUAUGGCCAUUUGGGGAGUUAACCACAGAUAGAGGAUCUCUCUCUCCCUCUCUCCCUCCCCCCCCUUCCUUGUUCCCUCCAUCUCUCUCUCUCUCUCCCCUCCCGUCAGAUGAAUUAAACAACCCCAGCUGUACUACCACAUUCUGUGCUGUGCUGUGUGUGACCCGGGGUUGCUCGGCAUCGCCAUGGGCUGCUGCCAUCUGCCGGAGGUUCUGUGGGACAGGGCACCUGGCGGAACCCGGGCUGAGCUGUGUUUCAGUCACCGGCUGCCUUUUGUCUGUCGUGAGUCUCCUGUAGUGAGCAGGUGUCUGGCCGAGGUUCGAGGCCAGGUUCCUGGCCAUGGCCAGGGAGGAGCUGGUGGCUGUAGUGCCACAGGAGUGGACCCACUCCCUCCUUUCAGCAAAACGUGUUUGCUGACCAGGUGGGGCCAGGCUGCCUGUCUUCCUGCUGCUGCUCCAGCCCUGGACCACAUGGGAGGUCAUGGACCAUAUGUGUGUGGGGGGUUCGUGGACCAUGUGUGUGUUUGUAUGGGGUUGUGGGCCAUGUGUGUGUGUGGAUCAUGGACCACGUGUGUGGGGUCGUGGACCACAUGUGUGGGGUCCUGGACCAGGUGUGUGGGGGGGUCGUGGACCGCAUGGGGGUAUUGUGGACCAUGUGUGUGUUGGGGGGUCAUGGACCACGUGUGUCGGCACACUGCUGUCCCAUUGCUGCCUCUGAGGGUCACGGCCAGGCUCCCCCACAACCCCCCAUGCAGUCUCGCUUCGCUUGGGGUGCAUCUUCCUAGGAAUUGCCACAGCCCAUUUGGCAAAAAACCAAAUUGCAUUCUGCCUUGGGCUGACCUGGGCCCUUCUUCCCUGGCCAGGGCGCCAGCUGGGCUGUGUGGGUGCCCAGGACCGGCUCCCCCCACAAUGGGCCCUGUCCAUCUCUUGGGGCCACCCUUAGCCCUGGCCCUCCUCAGGGACAGGGCCCUGAGAGGGGCCGGGUCUGUGGCAUGGAGGGCGAAGCCGCCGCCUGUGAUCUGGGCUGCUCGGCAUCUGAUCCGGUUCCCUGCUGGCGGCAGCCGGCAGCCCUGGUGUGGGCCCUGCUGUUUCCAUCAUUGCUGAGGAGAGCAUUUCUAGAACAAUGUGAGAGAAGGGUGCAGCAGGUACGUGGGAACCCAGAGCUCCGUGUGGGUGGCAGGGACCCCGCUAUUGAGAUUGGUGUGCUUCGGCUGGCAUGUGAGGUGCCAGGUCAUGUAUGGGCCCCCAAGAGUGACUGUGGGGUGCCCAGGCCGCCAGGGUGGGCUUGUGCUGUGCAGGGGUCUACAGGCACCCGCGUCCCUAGGCUGGGCUCACUCCUGCUGGGUGGCUCUGGUCUCGGGGGUUCCCUCGCGACUGACACUUCCUCAUGCUGUCCCAGACCUCCCAGGAGACCCCAGGAAGAGUGAGGACCCUGAGGCUCAGCAGGAGCGGCUGUACCAGCAGUGCUGGGCCUAGAUGGCCACCAAAGCACAGCUGCAGCGGGCAGGCGAGGGGCUGAGGCAGCAGUGCCAGGGCCUGCGGUGAGCUGGUGCUGAGCUGGAGCUGGACAUUUGCCACAUGACGUGCACAGUGCUGCCUGGCACCUCCUCCAGCUGACCUGGGCCCUUCCCCACGCUGGGCUCAGGCUGGACCCUGUAUGGGUGCCUGAGACCACCUCCCCCCAGCGGACCCUGUGUGGGUGCCCGGGACCACCUCCCCUCAGUGGACCUGUGUGGGCGCCUGAGACCACCUCCCCUCAGUGGACCCUGUAUGGGUGCCUGAGAGCACCUCCCCUCAGUGGACCCUGUGUGGGCACCCGGGACCACCUCCCCCCAGCAGACCCUGUGUGGGCGCCCAGGACCACCUUCCCCCAGCGGACUCUGCCCAUCUCAUGGGGCCACUCUGUGCUCCCUUGCCUGGCGCUGGCCUGGCGCACCACUCCCUGGCCGAGAGGGGGAGCCGGUUUUCCGGCGGGGCCCUGCGGGCUUCAUGCUGCCACUCCUGGGCAGGAGCUGCCCCUUCGUCGCCGCAGGAGAGGCUGAUGCAGUGUACAGCAGAGCGGCCACGGGCCAGGCCCUGGACGCCCUCCCUGGGAAAGAGGCCACACCGGCCCCCAGCUCUCUGCGUCCCGAGGGGCAGGACCGAGCCCCAGAGCCACAGGAGUUUCUCUUCUGCUGCCUGAGCCUCAGAGACCCCAGCCACAGCCGCUCAGCCGGGGCAGAGACCCCCCCAGCCCACCGGGCACUGUCGGGCCUGACAGAGCCUGGGCCACAGCCAAGGACGGAGCCGGACAGAGAUGCCCCAGUGGGACAGUC